CGAAGUAAGGGGUUCGAGAGGGAAAGUCGAAGCAAAGCGAAAGGCCCUGGGCAGUAGCAGAGAAGCAUGCGAAGGGGCUUAACGUGUAUUUGAGCUGCAGCUUCGCCUGCUGGCCGUGGGGAGGGCGAUCCUGCGGUACUGGAGGGCUUGUUUGAUUCAGACCUUUGUUACGAUGGCCAAGCGAUGACUUGAGUCAACACUCGGGAGUUUACGAAAUCGAAGUUAUGUGCCAAAGUAUUAUGCCUGCAUCAAGAAUAAAAUGGAGAAAACAAUGUGCAGAUGUUAAAUCAAAGAGCGAAUAGCACUGACGUAAGAGACUUUAUGAAAACAUGAAAUGAAACUUAUUUUCUUAACAGUAUUACCUCUCUCGAAACAUUCUGUUUCUCGAAACAUUCGGAGCAAGCAUUCGGGAAACGAGCAGCGUACCCUCCGUCUGUUUUAGAUGAGAAUGUCAUUAGCGCAGAGGGUUUUAAUGACCUGGCUCUUCACCUUGCUCUUCUUAAUUGUAUUGGUGCUGAAAUUGGACGAUAAAGCUCCUUGGAACUGGAACCUUAUCUUCAUCCCGCUCUGGAUUUUUGAUACCAUCCUUUUAAUGAUGUUAAUCGUGAAGAUUAUCGGGAGAUGCAAAUCGGGCUAUGACAGGAACGGCAACAAUCUCAAGAAGGAAGUCUGGUACCUCUGCGCCAUGCUGCUUAAAUUCGGCUUUCUGCUAGCGCUAUGCGCCAGGCUGGAGCAUUUCGCACAAAUGAAACUCAUAUUCGUUUUUAUACCUCUUUGGCUCUUACUCAUCGGGGCAGUGGUUGAUCUGGCGUAUAAUAUCUAUUCUAUGAGACAAGACUGAUUGGGUGGACAGAUAGUCUUUUGUUGCCAUCUUAAUUGUUGCUCCAACACCAGGUUUAAUGCGGAACUUAAUCGAAGUAACAUGUAAGGCACGUUAAAAUGGUGUUUUUCAUGUUUUUUUUUCAAAUCUAAAUGAACUCUACCGGAUUGUAAAUGUAAUUUCUUAAAACUGCUUCCUUUGUGCAUUAUGUGAAGUUAUCGUAAUAUAAUCAUGUAAAUGUGAAGGUUACUUAAAAAUCCUGUAAAUGAAUGCAAAUCAUGACAGGACGUAGUUACACCUGGGGUUUGUUCAAGCAAAUAGAGUAUGGAAUUGAAAUAAUUUUUCAAAAUAUUUUAUAACAGCCAGUUACUUCACACUGUAGUGCUGUUGGUAACAACGGUACAACACAAAAGGAAAGUACUUGUGCUUAACGCUUUAUCCUUCCCCAACUAUAAAAUACUUUAAUUUUUAAAUUAGGAAAAUAGCCAUAUCCCUGCUAUAUGCAACUUCUAAUUUAUGAUAGGGUCAAUUCGAGGGCCAAAUUUACGAACUUACCAACUGCAUAUACACCAGUUUUAUUAGGCAAGGGCUGCAAUACUGACUUGAAACUUAUUCAAAACAUGCUUUAUUUGGCAAAGUGUUAAGGAUUGCAACAUUUGCAAAUCUGCACAAAUGUCAAAUAGCACGUAUACCUUUUUAUUCACGAUGUAUUAAAUGUUAACAAAUCGUAAAAAACUCUUACAUUUUGCGGACAUAUUUCCAAAACAAAUGGACAUGGAUUGGGAAAGAUGUGCAAGAUACAAUGAACAAAGGGGAAUUAUUGGCAACUGCGGACUAGCGUGCAGCAAGUUUUGCAGGCAGGAACAAUGUUAUAGUGGUGUUCAUUUCUUGCACCUAUAAGAUAGAGGAUAGUAAAGUCAUUCGGAUUAUAAGGGGCAGAGAUAUAAAUGUUCCUUAGCCCUAAAAUUUUCAAGGAAACUGUCAUCGACCUUAGCAACGCCCAACCCUACCUCGCCACGACUCGCUGGAUCCCUGCGACGACUGACUCAGUUCUCUGUAAACUCGCCCACCAAUAUAGAUUGUACAGCACAGAAACAGGUUAUUUAGCGCAGUCUGUACCAGUGUUUAUACUCCACAUGAGCCCCCUCUAACUCUAUCCGCAUAGCCUUCUAUUCCUUUCUCUCUGGUGUGUGUCUAGUUAUUACUUGCCUCACCUACUCCUUUAUUGCUGAAAAAAGACACGUCUAAGCUUUUUGCCUUGCACUCAGGACACUAAGAGGAAGGCAACAAUUUAUACUGUAUGUGAAGAAAGUGCUGAGCGAUUGGCAAAUGGCAUUGCUAUGGAGAA